GCAUGUCCUUACAGUACUCCACGACAUCUGAGCAAUGCUGCCUUCUGAUCCUCAGUUUCGUUGUUCGCUGUAUGUGGGUUCAACCAAGCUGGACGCGUCACGCAAACGGUUGAACUUGGCUUGAACGUCAGAAGGCCAGAUUAGUCCCCAUAACUGACUCUUCAAGACGACGCGAAGUAUUCCAACGAUGAUCAAGACAUCGUCCCACCAACCAUAUCUUAUCCUAGAUGGCGGGUUCGGUACCACAUUGGAAGACAUCUUCCAUGUUGAUGUAUCGCACACCGCGUUAUGGUCUGCCAAACCGAUUCUCGAGCAGCCACAGGUCAUCAUCGAUGCUCACCUGGCUUUCCUGCGCGCAGGGGCAGACCUGCUAUCUACAGCAACAUAUCAAUGCUCCUACCGCACCUUCGAGCGUGCCGGGUACUCGGACGCGGAUGCCCGCACCGCGAUGACGCGGGCCGUACGCCUGGCCGACGAAGCGCGGCGCAAAUAUUGCGAGGAAAGCGGGAAGGCGCUCUCCGACAUCAAGCUCGUCUUAUCCUUGGGGCCCUUCGGUGCCACCCUCUCACCAGCCCAGGAAUAUGACGGAUGCUAUCCUCCGCCUUUCGGGCCGCAGGCGUACUGCACUUCAGGAGAGAACAUCAACGCAUUCCCUGCAGGCCCCGAGGGAGACGAGGCGGAAUCCCGCGCCGUACAGGCACUGGUGGACUUCCACCUGGAGCGCUUGCAUGUAUUCGCCGCGGACGAGGAGGUGUGGCACGCCAUCGAUAUCAUCGCCUUCGAGACCAUCCCGCUGCUCAGAGAAAUUACCGCGGUGCGCGUGGCGAUGGCGAAGCUCGUAGCGGGGGUUGCGGACGGCAGGAAGGCGUGGUGGCUCAGCGUGCUUUUUCCCGACGGAAAGUUUCCAGAGAAGCGUCGAGGCGAGCCAAGCGUGUCGCGCGAGGUUGGUGAUAUUGUGCGCUCGGCGUUUGCAGGGCGCACCUCCGUUGGCGACGAGAUGGCGGUCCCGGAUGGCGUAGGCGUGAACUGUACUGAUGUGUCUCACUACUCCGGCCUCGUCGAGGCUUUGGAAGACGCGCUUCCCUCGUACAUCGGCGACUCGGUCCGCCCUUGGCUGGUGCUGUACCCCAAUGGUGGCGACGUCUACGACCCGGUGUCGCGCACUUGGAAAGAAGGGUCCGGGAAAGAGGAAACAUGGGCGGAUAAACUGGUCGACCUCGCUACGCGUGCGCACAAGGCGACGGUCUGGGGAGGAGUGGUUCUCGGAGGCUGCUGCCGAUGCGGGCCAGACAAAAUCAGAAUGCUGGCGGAGAAACGUCUCUCUUUGCCAAAAUGAUACCGUAGGUACGCUGCAAUGGAUAAGAAUGCAGGCCAGUACUCCCGGCCGCCGUGUCGAUAAUCAGUGGGCAACCAGCUCGGAUCCACGCGCGACUGGGCCUCGCAAGCCAGACGAACGUGAUUUCUCACCCAUGCAGUAUGGGAGACUCGCAAUCGUCUGAGGAGCGAUGAAGAGCGAUAUCAGGACUAGAUGAGCCUCGAAUUUCUGACGAGACCCACU